CUUCGCCUUUUUUUUGUUUUGUUUUUUUUUUUUUUUGGAACAGGCUUUUCUUUGGGGAUGGGGAAGGAGUAGGGAGAGUUGGAGGGAUGGAUUUUAGAACUCGGUAUGGAAUGGCAAUUUGUAUCAAAUUCAAAACCCUGAAUCUGUGGCUUCCUUGAGUCAAACCCUGGGAAGUUUUUCAACAUAUCAAAACUUCAGUUUCUUCAUCUGUAAAAAGGGAACAAUAAUACAACUACCCCCCUAGGGCUGUUGAUACACAGAUAUUUGACACUAGUGGAGAUUCAAAAAGAUCUUUCCAGAAAGAGUUCUGGAGAACUCUGUGAGGGUUAGGGAGAGGAAGGUGGGACACUAGAGAUAAGACUCCAUUGUGACAAGCCCCUUCAGCAUAAUGCCUAUAACCAUUCAAGAGAAACUGGCUGGCUUUUCAAUUCCAAACCAGUAGGCAUGGCGUGGAGGGAAGCUGGGAGAGAUGACAGUGACGUGGUAGGAGCAAAGCAGGAACUAACAGGAAAAGGACAGCCCUGGGCGCUGGGGACUCUGAUGCUGAAUGGAGUGUUAACACUGGUGCUUGAGGAGGACGGGACCAUGGUGGAGAGCGAGGACUUCUUCCAGCUGUUGGAGGAUGACACAUGCCUGAUGGUGCUGGAGUUGGGACAGAAAUGGAGGCCCAGGAAGAGUGGGGUGCUGUCAUAUGGCCUGGGCCGGGAGAAGCCCAAGCACAGCCAGGACAUCGCCUGCAUCACCUUUGACGUAUACAAGCAAAACCCCCGAGACCUCUUUGGCAGCCUGAACAUCAAAGCCACAUUCUACGGGCUCUACUCCAUGAGUUGUGACAUCCAAGGACUCGGCCCAAAGAAAAUACUCAGGGAGCUCCUCCGAUGGGCCUCCGCACUGCUGCAAGGCCUGGGCCACGUCUUGCUGGGAAUUUCCUCCACCAUUCGUCAUGCAGUGGAAGGGGCUGAGCAGUGGCAGCAAAAGGGUCACCUUCACCCCUACUGAGCAGGAGCUCUGACCUUCUGCCUCUAGACUCAUUCCAAGAGACAGAUUGUGACAACACCAAGUUUGGGGGCCUUCAGACAGUGCAGGCUCAGUAACUCACCUGAUUUCCCCACUGUCCCUCAAUCCUAUGGGACAGGCCCCAUCAGCAUAAUGUCCUAUACCCCCACCUUAUGCCUCCUGGCCACCUUUCCAGUCUCCUGCUCCCUGAAAGACCACAGCCUGUCCCCGGACACCUGGAUCCCACCCUGACUGCUGCUAUACCUAGAGGUCCUUAUGACUCCUCCUGUCCCUAAGCUCCUCUACCUUGAGAUCGCUAUUUCUCUGUAUCCUUCCUCCCCAAAAUAACAAAGGUGCUUUCAAUAAAAAUAUAAAAGUGUUUAUCA